GCAGCGGCGGCCGAUGGCGGAGGCGGCUGCAACCGGGCGGGCGCCCCGCUUCUUCCAGCGGCUGCCCAAAGUGGAGCUCCACGCCCACUUAAACGGCUCCAUCAGCGCUGACACCAUGAAGAAGCUGAUGGCGCAGAAACCCCACCUUCAAAUCGCAGAGGAAAUGGUUGUGAUUGACAAGGGGACAAAAAGGACUCUGGAAGAAUGUUUCCAGAUGUUCGACCUCAUACACCAGAUGACCAGCAGACCUGAAGAUAUAUUAAUGGUAACCAAAGAUGUUAUUCGGGAAUUUGCCGCCGAUGGAGUCAAAUAUCUCGAAUUAAGGAGCACACCCAGGGAAGAGAAAAGCUCAGGCAUGACCAAGCGAACGUACGUGGAAGCUGUCCUUGAGGGCAUCAAGCAGUGUCAGGAAGAGGGAUUGGAUAUAGAUGUAAGAUUUCUCGUAUCUGUGGACAGAAGCAAGGGGCCAGUGACUGCCAAGGAAACCGUCAAGCUGGCGGGAGACUUUCUGCUGUCCACCGAUGGUGUGGUCCUUGGUCUGGACCUCAGCGGAAAUCCGAAAGCGGGGCAUGGCCAGGACUUCUUGGAGCCUCUUCUGGAAGCCAAGAAAGCUGGUUUGAAGUUGACGUUGCAUCUUUCAGAGAUCCCAAAACAGGAGGAGGAAACCCGGCUGCUUCUGGGUCUUUGCCCAGACCGCAUCGGACACGGGACGUUCCUUCAAACCUCCGAAUUGGCCACACGGGACCUGGUGGAGCUCGUGAGGCGAAACAGGACCCCUCUAGAACUCUGCCUGACCUCCAACCUGAAAGCCAAGACGGUGCCCUCCAAGGCCCAACACCAUUUCGGAUUCUGGUACCGCCUGGGUCAUCCCGUGGUCCUUUGUACGGACGACAAAGGCGUUUUCGCCACCGAGCUGUCCACGGAGUACCAGCUGGUGUCCGAGAUCUUCCAGUUGUCCGACGAGCAAAUCUGGGCGCUCUCCUCCAAGGCCAUCGACCACAUCUUUGCCGGCAGCCACACGAAGAUGAAGCUGAAGGAGCGAUGGCAGGCGCUGAAGCCGCGGCUGCUGAAGGAACUUUGCUGAGAGCACCAGGAUGCCGGCUGUCGCAGGGGUCUCCAACCUUGGCCCACUUUAAGCCUUGGCGGACUUCCAAUUCCCAGAAUUCCCCAGCCGGUGUUGCGCG